CGACUUCGAAAUAUUUUACAACUUUCACCUUAUUCCAACCCAUCCCAUUCCAUCUCAUCUUGUGGUAAAACCAACAACGACGACAGUCGGGGAAAAUGUCUUGGAUGCAAGGGAAUCACAGCAUGGAGAGCCUCAAGAACAUGCACCAGCAGAUCCUGCACAACGUGGAGAUGGUCCAGGACAGGAGCUCCAAGAUCUUGCAAGAGCAGGAGAAGGACCUUCUCCGAGCUUUCCGAGCCAGGCUAUUCGACGUUCAGACAGAGCUGGAGAAAGAAAAGACCCGCAAGGACGGCGGGGACAGUGCCUGGAUCGAGCGUACGCGGAGGACGGAGGCGGAGCUGGACUGGGCGAAGGAGAUGGCGGACCGCCUCGACAGGGUCAACCAGGGGCUCAGCAGGGAGAACUUGAGGCUGAAGAGUCAGUUCAAGAGCCAGGAGGACGACCGCAAGUUCCUCAUAAAGCAGCUAGUGGCCAUCAAGGUGAAAAUAAAAGUGCCGGAAUGUUGGUCUGUCUCACCCCAUAAAAAUGUUUAAGAACAACCCUCACCACUACCUGUAUCGCCCCCCCUCUUCUGCAAUAAAGAAAUUUCUUCUCCCACCACCAAUCCCGUUCCUGGCACCCCCGGGGUCAUCACGCACGAGUGACUCGAACGAUAGUUUCCCAAUCUUCAACUUUUGGGAGGCCAAACUAGGGUAGCGCCCCCCCCGAAAACACACACACACACACACACACACGAAAAGUUCAGGGCAACUCGCUUCUUUGCCCCCCCCAUCCUUCAUUCCACAUACAUACACCCGUCCACCUUACACAAAGGCCGGCCCUUUCUCCAUUCUCCAACCCCCCCCCUCCCCACCCUUGCUUUUCUCCUUCAAGAAAGAAA